CCCCGCAGGGGCGGUGUCGGAGGCUGCUGCAGGAAGCUCCCGUUGCAGGCCAAUCCGAGAGAGCCGAGGAUACUUUGUAACCUUUGGGACUCACAGCGUUCCAACGCGCGUUGCGCGGCGCUCCGAGCCCGGAAGAAAGAAGGCCGCCGGCCCUGCCGUUGCCCUUGCCCUUGGCUCCGGCGCGGAUCGGAUCGAAGGGAGGACGCACGGACUGACGGGAGGCAGGAGGCCGGCUAGGCUGCAGGCAUGGGCAGGAAGGUGACCGUGGCCACCUGCUCGCUCAAUCAGUGGGCCCUGGAUUUUGAGGGCAAUUUGCGGAGGAUUUUAAGGAGCAUUGAAAUUGCCAGGAACAAAGGCGCCAAGUACCGGCUCGGACCAGAGCUGGAAAUAUGUGGCUAUGGCUGUUGGGAUCACUACUUUGAAUCCGACACCAUUUUGCAUUCGUACCAAGUUUUGGCCCAGCUUCUGGUGGCUCCGGUCGCCCAAAACAUCAUCUGUGAUGUUGGGAUGCCUGUGAUGCACCGCAACGUUCGCUACAACUGCAGAGUGAUCUUUCUCAAUGGAAAAAUCCUUCUGAUUCGCCCCAAAAUGGUCUUGGCCAAUGAAGGGAACUACCAGGAGAUGCGCUGGUUUGCUCCGUGGCAAAAGAGCCGGAAAUCUGAGGACCAUUUUCUCCCACGGAUGAUUCAGGAGCUGACCAAACAAGAGCUGGUUCCUUUCGGGGAUCUGGUGCUGGCAACCAAAGACACCUGCAUCGGCACUGAGAUCUGCGAGGAGCUGUGGACACCCCACAGCCCACACAUUGAUAUGGGCCUGGAUGGAGUGGAAAUCUUCACCAAUUCCUCAGGGAGUCACCACGUGCUGCGGAAGGCCCACACCAGAGUGGAGCUGGUGAACCUGGCCACCAUAAAGAAUGGUGGCAUCUAUCUCCUGGCCAACCAGAAGGGCUGUGCCGGUGACCGACUCUACUACGACGGCUGCUCCAUGAUCUCCGUGAACGGCAGCACCGUCGCCCAAGGAGCGCAGUUUUCCCUGGAUGAAGUGGAGGUCCUCACGGCCACCGUUGAUUUGGAGGACAUCCGGACCUUCCGAGCCGAGAUCUCUUCUCGUAACUUGAUGGCCAGCAAAGUGGUUCCCUACCCCCGCAUCAAGGUCGACUUUGCGCUCUCGUGCCAUGAUGACGUUCUGGUCUCCACCUCGGAGCCCUUCCAGUGGCACUUCCACAGCCUGGGGGAGGAGAUCAGCCUUGGCCCUGCGUGUUGGCUCUGGGAUUACUUGCGGCGUAGUCAACAGGCUGGGUUUUUCCUGCCCCUUAGCGGGGGACUGGACAGCUCUGCAGUCGCCUGCUUGGUGUACUCCAUGUGCCGCCUGGUCUGCCAAGCCGUGAGUAAUGGAAAUAAGGAGGUGUUAGUUGAUAUCCAAAGGAUCUUGAACCGCGACGACGUCGUCCCCCAGGACCCCCAGAAGCUGUGCAGCCAGUUGCUGACCACGUGCUACAUGGCCACGCAGAAUUCCUCCCAGGACACUUACAACAGGGCCAAGGAGCUGGCCGAGCAGAUCGGAAGUUACCACAUCAACCUCAACAUUGACGGGGUCGUCAAAGCCAUCGUCGAGAUCUUCCGCAUAGUGACCGGGAAGAUGCCACAAUUCUUGGUCCACGGAGGAAGCAGCCGUGAGGAUCUGGCCAUGCAGAAUGUGCAGGCGAGAGUCAGGAUGGUCUUUGCCUAUCUCUUUGCUCAGCUGAGCUUUUGGUCCCGGGGCAUGCGAGGGGGGCUCCUGGUGCUUGGCUCCACCAACGUGGAUGAAAGCCUCCGGGGUUACCUGACCAAGUACGAUUGUUCUAGCGCUGACAUCAACCCCAUUGGUGGCCUCAGCAAGACCGACCUCAGGACCUUCAUCCAGUACUGCAUAGAACGCUUCCACCUCAACUCCCUGCGGAGCAUCGUGUCCGCCCCGGCCACUGCCGAGCUGGAGCCCUUGGCCGAAGGACAGGUGACCCAGACCGAUGAGGAAGACAUGGGCAUGACGUACAAGGAGCUGUCUGUCUUGGGGAGACUGAGGAAGGUUGGGAAGGCAGGGCCCUACAGCAUGUUCUGCAAGCUCAUCAAUAUGUGGAAGGAGAUCUACACCCCGAGAGAGGUGGCCGAGAAGGUGAAAUACUUCUUCCGGAUGUACUCGCUGAACAGGCACAAGAUGACCACCCUCACACCCUCCUACCACGCCGAGAACUACAGCCCUGACGACAACAGGUUCGACCUGAGGCCCUUCCUCUACCAGUCCAACUGGCCCUGGCAAUUCCGCUGCAUCGACCACCAGGUGUUGAAGCUUGAAGGUGCUGAAGGGGACCAGGACUUUGAUGAUCUGGACUGAUGGGCGCACCUUCCCCGCCCCGCUUUCUUCCGCGUGUGUGUGUGUGUGUGUGUGUGUGUGUGUGUGUGUGUGUCUCUCUCUCUCUCUCUCUCUCUCUCUCUCUCUCUCUCUCUCUCUCUCUCUCUCUCUCUCUCCCUCCCUCCAUAUAAAGAUUACACUCAUUGGUGUGACCCCGGGUCUGGCUGCACUGGCGUUGGUGGGUUCUGAUUUACAAAACUGUUUAAAAUAAAAAUACAUGUUGACCGUU